UAACUAGAGAGAGAGAGAAGGAGAAGGAGGAGGAGAAGAAGAAGAGGAAGAUGUCGGAUUGGGGACCCGUGUUCGUGGCGGUGGUGCUGUUCAUCCUGUUGACGCCGGGGCUGCUGAUUCAGGUGCCGGGUCACGGCCGAUUCAUGGAGUUCGGAAACUUCAAAACCAGUGGCCUCUCCAUACUGGUUCAUUCCCUGCUCUACUUUGCUCUCAUCUGCGUCUUCCUCCUGGCUAUCGGUGUCCAUAUCGCGAAUAUGUUUUGUUUUUUGGGUAAGGCAUCAAAUCAAAUGGCGGACUGGGGGCCGGUGCUGAUAGGAGUGGUCUUGUUCGUGCUGCUGUCGCCGGGGCUGCUGUUUCAGAUACCGGGAAACAACCGACAGCUGGAGUUCGGCAGCAUGAAGACCAACGGAAAGGCCAUAGCCAUUCACACUCUCCUCUUCUUUGCCCUCUACGCCAUCCUCAUCGUCGCCGUCCACAUACAUAUCUACACCGGCUGAUAAUAUUCACCGUGUCCAAAACAGAGAUUACCCUGUCCCUAUUUGUAUUUUGUUUUCUCAUCUAAUGCAUCGCGCACUCUUUUUCUGAAUCGGAUCGGUUCCAUGGUGGUGGUCGUUGUUAAUUAAUGGUACCAUCUGUACUAGUUUACUGAAAAUAUGAUCUUUAACUUGCA